AUGGCAUCUCAUCUGGGUUUAGACUACUCAGACCCGAAAUGGGGCCACUACCCGCUAGAAAAGACUGCUCUUUUACUAGGCAUUGUUAGCAGCCAACAACAAAGCGCGGAGUCCGGGCUUUUUAAAUUUGCGGUACAGGGGUCCAAUGAUCUCCGGAGAGUCCAGAUGCAGCACUAA